AUGGAGGCCGCCACCGUGCCCAGAUCCGCCUCGGCCUGCCGCGCGGCGCCCCUGCUCCCGGCCGCCCGCGCCGCCGCGCGCCACCUGGCCCUGCCCCGGCGCGCGUUCUCCGCGUCCGUCGCGGCGGCACCGGCACCGGCGCGGGCGCCGCGCCGCCUCCUCGCCGCUCGCCGCGCUGCGGAUGGCGACAGCGUGGAGACGGAGCCGGAGGCGGUCCCCAUCGAGAAAAGGUUCCCUCCCUUCCCGAGCGUCAUGGACAUCAACCAGAUCCGUGAGAUCCUCCCCCACAGGUUCCCAUUCCUUUUGGUUGAUAGAGUAAUUGAAUACAAGGCUGGAGAAUAUGCAGUGGGGAUCAAGAAUGUUACAAUAAAUGAUAACUUCUUCCCAGGACAUUUUCCUGAACGCCCCAUAAUGCCUGGUGUCCUCAUGGUCGAGGCUAUGGCCCAGGUUGGGGGUCUCGUGAUGCUGCAACCUGAAGUUGGUGGAUCUCAAGACAACUUCUUUUUCGCCGGGAUUGACAAAGUUAGGUUCAGGAAGCCAGUGAUUGCUGGGGAUACAUUGAUCAUGAGGAUGACACUGACAAAGUAUCAGAAGAGGUUUGGACUCGCAAAGAUGGAAGGAAAAGCUUAUGUUGGUGGUGACCUAGUUUGUGAAGGGGAGUUCCUGCUGGUCAGCGCAACUGAGUAG